ACGCUAAAAUAGACAUCAACAGGCGCGCUCUUUUUCCUCGCGCCUUCUUUCAAAGAUAUCCAUCAAUCCAUCGUCUGUAACAAUGGCGACAACACUGCGCCUACGACUAUGGAGUUCCAACCUAAAUUUUCUUCUUCACCGACCAAAAUCUACCUUUUCACCCUUUACAACGACCUUUAACAAGCCAUUUUCUUCUCAUUCUCUCUCCUCCACUACCCACCUUUCGAAGAGCGUAGGAACGCACAACGGCAGUUUUCACUGCGACGAAGCUCUUGGCUGCUUUCUCCUUCGUCGCACCACCAAAUUCGCUGAUUCUCUUAUCAUUCGAAGUCGAGACCUUCAGGUGUUGGAUUCGUUGGAUGCGGUGCUAGAUGUUGGAGGAGUAUAUGAUCCGACCCGUGAUCGCUAUGAUCAUCAUCAGAAGGGUUUUGAUGAGGUUUUUGGUCAUGGGUUCGGGACUAAACUUAGUAGUGCUGGACUUGUCUACAAGCAUUAUGGAGAAGAGAUAAUUGCAAAGGAGCUUCAGCUUGAUCAGGGACACCCAGAUGUGCAUCGCUUGUUUCUAGCUAUCUACAAGAAUUUUGUCGAGGCUGUUGAUGCUGUAGACAAUGGGAUCAAUCAAUACAAAACAGAUAUAUCACCAGAAUACGUCAUUAACACAUACUUGUCAUCUAGAGUGGGAAGAUUGAAUCUUGGCUGGACAGAUCCUGAUCAGUCAGCGGAGCGAGAAGAUGAUGCCUUUUUGAAGGCGAUGACAUUGGCUGGGAAUGAGUUUUUGGAGAGCAUACAUUUUCAUGCAAAAUCAUGGUUACCGGCUAGAUCAAUUGUACAGGAGUGUCUUGCAGCAAGGCAAGAUAUCGACUCUAGUGGUGAAAUCAUGGUGCUCAAGAAGUCUUGCCCUUGGAAGCUUCACAUCUUUGAGCUUGAGGAGGAAAUGAAGGUUGAGCCUUCUAUCAAAUACGUUAUUUAUGAGGAUGAUAGACGAACUUCAUGGCGGGUGCAGGCAGUGGCUUUAGGACCCGAGAGAUUUGAAAGCCGAAAGCCCUUGCCUCAUCCUUGGAGGGGUUUGGAGGGCGAAGAACUCUCAGAGAUAGCAGGGAUCCCCGGCUGUGUAUUUGUGCACAUGAGUGGAUUUAUUGGUGGAAAUCAGACUUAUGAGGGUGCUAUUGAGAUGGCAAGAGCUUCAUUGAAAGCAUAAAGCAGGUUUAAACCACUGGACAAUUCUAUACAUAUAUCUUACAUUAAAUUUCCUGGAUUUGGGAGAUAAGGCAUCUUAGAGCUCAAGGAUGUCCAGGGGCAUGCAGUCAGUACCUGUAAGCACAAUCUGUUCAUCUUAAGUUUCCUGUGGAUCCAAUCAGUCAGCAGAAUCCAUAUUCUGGUAUUGCAAUGAAUGCGAGACUAAUGUAAGGCAAACUCAUUCCCAGCCUUCAAAGAUUAUCAGCUUCGGAUUCUGAAAUGCUUGUUGGUCAAAGUAUUCACUGUUCAGAGGAGGUAUGAUUCUCUUUUAACAAAAUUUUGUUCGAUCUUAGGAAUUGAAUUAUAUUUGUAAUUCUUUUGAUUCAAUUAUCUUUAUCAGAAUCACUCCUUAUUUUCCUUUUGUA